AUGGCACAACAGGACUCGGUACCCUUUGUUCACCUCUUCAUCGACGGCAAGAAGCGACCCUCGAGCACGGGGGCCACCUUCGCCGUGCAUAAUCCAUACCACAAGACACAAGUCGCUACAUCUGCCUCCGCCUCUGCAGAUGACUGUCGCGCCGCUAUCGAAUCCGCGCAUCGCGCGUUCCCUGCAUGGGAGGCAGCUCCCCUUGCUGUUCGGCGCGACAUCUUCCUGCGCGCUGCGGUCAUUAUGGAGAGCGAGGAAUGGCAACGCAAGGCCAUAGAGGCCUUGCGAGACGAGACCGCAUCUACGGACGCCUGGGCGAAGUUUAAUUCGAUCCGGGCAGACGCCGCGCUGCGGAACGUGGCAGCAAUGGUGAACGAGCUCAAAGGUGAGACGUUCCCCAGCGUGUGGGGUGGCGGUCAGGCAUUCGUGCAGCGGCGGGCUCAAGGAGUCGUGUAUUCCGUCGUACCUUGGAACGGUCCGAUCCCUCUAACCAUUCGAGGCGCUGCGAUCCCCAUGAUCUGCGGUAACACGGUAGUCCUGCGUCCAUCUGAGUACAGCCCUCGCACGCAAGCCUUGGUCGUUGACGCAUUUCACGAGGCCGGUCUUCCACCAGGCGUGCUCAACUACAUCCCGAUCUCACGCGAAGACUCUAUUGUUCUCACUCCGGAGAUCAUAGCACACCCUUUUGUGCGGAAGAUCACAUUCACUGGCAGCGAUCGUGUCGGGAAGAUCAUCGCCGCAGAAGCCGCACGCCACCUCAAGCCAUGUGUGCUCGAAUUAGGCGGAAAGGCACCCGCGAUUGUUCUCGCAGACGCUGAUAUCGACGCUGCAGCACGCGGAAUUGUCUACGGAGGGCUGUUUAACUCUGGUCAAAUAUGCAUGUCCACGGAGCGCGUUAUCAUCCAGCGACCAGCCGAUGCACCGCUCAUCGAAGCUCUCAAGAAGAACAUCGCGUCUCUCAAUGUCGGUGCACCCGAAAGCGCGCGCCUCUCCGCUCUUUUCAACGAGGGGAGCGCCGAAGGAGUGGUUGGACUGCUCGAGGAUGCGAAGGCUGCAGGCGCAGAGCUGGUGUUAGGGGAUGCGACGCGAGAGGGGACCAUCGUGAAGCCGCACCUAGUACUCGGGGUCUGCCCGGGGAUGCGGCUCUGGGAGAGGGAGAGCUUUGGACCGAUUCUGUCGAUCACAGUUGUCGAUACUAUCGAUGAGGCGGUCGAGUUGGCGAAUUCGUCAGAGUAUACGUUAGCAGCGUCCCUGUGGACCAACGAUGUCUAUAACGCCAUGGACGUUGCCAUGCGAGUGCGGUCUGGCGCGACGAACAUUAAUGGGCCCACUAUAAACACUGAGUCAGGGCUUGGAAAUGCAGGCAUCGGUGGUGCGAGUGGCUACGGCCGGUUCGACGUCGAGAACUUUACCGACAAGCGCCUUGUGGUUAUCCAUCCUCGGAACAGGACGUAUCCAAUGCUCGAUACAUGACUGUUUAGAAGGAGAUAUCGGUAGGGAUCCUGAACAUAUGAUUUAUACCUAUAUUUCCAUAGAUGUAAGAAUAAUCGGUGUGGAUCGGUAAGGGGAGUUAUGUACGUCAGCGAAAGAAUUCGGAGGAUAUCCUGUAAAUUACUGUACUUUACUGCUUUGCACUUACCUAGGCUCCACAUUUCAACGUUAUCAUAGACAAUAGUUCCCAGUUC